GCAGUGCAGCAUUCAUUACAGCUGACAGGAAGCGAUCCGCUUGCUAAUCGGGCAAAUCUGUGCCGUGCAAGUGCUGGAUGGCGUGCAUCCAUUCAGCUGACUCGGUGGCGCCGUGAAUUUAUUGUUGACACUAGCCACUUCCGGGCAAGUGCCCAAGUACAGCGUUAUCGAGAGUUGUUCAUCGCUCUUCUCCCGUCAUUCUAGACAGUCAUAUUCGGCCCGUCUGAUUAAAAGCGGCAAGUAGGCAAACACUCGCCAGAUUGCGCCUUCCUCUUCACACUCCUCUUCGCGAUGAUCCCCCGCUAGUAGCCAGCGUCCGCCAUGGAACGGGAUGCGAGCAGCUACAGCUGCGAGCAGAUGCUGCUGGCCAGCAGCCCGGCCACCGCCUGCGGCCGGCAGCUGUCGGUCCUGGUGUGCCGGCGCGCCGCCGACGGCCGCCUAAUCGUCAAGCGGCCGACGCACUGCAGCACCGGCGUCCUGGCCGUCCUCUGCGCCUGCCUCUUCGGCCUCUUCCUCAUCUUCUUGUCCCUCUUUCUCCUGGACCCCCACCUCCGUCGCUCCGCGGCCCCGCCGACCCUCCCGGCGCAAUCCCUGCCGGUGGUCGACGAGUUCAGUCUGAAGGUGAUUAUUCUGGAGCAGAGCGGCGUGGAGGAGGAGGCGGGUGUCCCGCAGCACAACGCCACGUCGCGGCGGACGAGCGCCGUCAACGGCAGCGACGUGUGCUGGGAAGUGGAGGAGCGGUUCGACUGCAUGCCGGGCGCCGGCGCCGCGCAGGAGGCGUGCGAGGCGCGCGGGUGCUGCUGGCGGCCGCCGGACGCGCAGGCGGAGGCGGAGGAGCAGCGCGGACGCCGGAAAAAGGGCCCGCAGCAUCUCGGCGUGCCCUACUGCUUCUAUCCCUUCGAUUAUCCCGCCUACGAGCUGCGGGAUUACACCGCCACCCCCACCGGCUUCGCCGGCCUCCUGCGGCGCGACACGGCCGCUUUUCCGCGCUACCCGGACCCUGUCGAAUGGCUGCGGCUGAGCGUGGACUUCGAGGAUGUCGGGCGGCUGCGGGUGAAGCUGGGCGACGCCAACAGCAGCCGCUACGAGGUGCCGCUGCCCCCGCUGGCCGACGCGCCCCGCGGGCGGCCGCCCAAUCCGCUGUACGUGUUCAACGUCACGCGGCGGCCGUUUUCCUUCCGCGUCAGCCGGCGCGACAGCGGACGGGUUCUGCUGGACACCGCUGCCGGAAGUCUGGCCUUCUACGACCAGUUCAUCGAGAUGUCCUCGUUUUUACCCACACGGUAUAUUUACGGGUUGGGCGAGCACAGCGAGCGACUGGUGCACUCGGUGGACUACACCCGGCUGACCUUCUUCGCCUCCGACGUGCAGCCGGGCCCCAACCUGCCCCUGUACGGCGCCCACCCGCUGUACGUGGCGCUGGAGGGCCCGCCGGAAGGGCGCGCCCACGGCGUCUUCCUGCGCAACUCCAACGCCAUGGACGUCAUCCUGACGCCGGCGCCGGCCAUCACCUUCCGCACCGUGGGCGGUGUCCUGGACCUGUACCUCUUCCUGGGGCCCAGUCCCAAGGAGGUCCUGCAGCAGUACGUGCAGCUGGUGGGCCGGCCGGCGCUGCCGCCCUACUGGGCGCUCGGCUUCCAUCUUUGCCGCUUCGGCUACGGCUCCCUCAACCGCACGCGGGAGGUCAUGCAGCGCAACAUCGACGCCGGCAUUCCCCUAGACGUUCAGUGGAACGACAUUGAUUACAUGGAUAAGAGCCGCGAUUUCAGCUACGACCACGACAAAUUCAACGGGCUACCCGAGUUUGUCAAGCAGCUGCACGACGCCGGCAUGCACUACGUGGUCAUAACGGACCCGGGCAUCAGCGCCGUGGAGACGCCCGGCACAUACCCGCCCUUCGACGCCGGUGUGGCCAUGGACGUCUUCGUCAAGAACGCCUCCGGGGGCCUGCUGCGGGGCCGCGUGUGGACCGGCGACAUGACCGUCUUCCCGGACUUCACCCAUCCCAACGCCAGCGCCUACUGGACGCAGCAGAUCGCCGACUUCCACCAGGAGGUGCCCUUUGACGGCCUCUGGAUCGACAUGAACGAGCCGUCCAACUUCGUGGACGGCAGCGUUGAGGGCUGUCCGGCGUCGCCUCUGGAGGACCCGCCCUACCUCCCACACGUCCUCCAUGACACGCUGAAGGCCAAGACCAUCUGCAUGACAGCGCGCCAGCACCUGGGCCGCCACUACGAUUUACACAACCUCUACGGCAUCUCCGAAACGAUGGCCACCCGCGACGCUUUGCUGGCGCUGCAGCCCAAUUCCCGGCCAUUCAUCAUCAGUCGCUCCAGCUUCAGUGGACAGGGACGCUACUCCGGUCACUGGACGGGCGACGUGCCGUCGACAUGGGAGGCCAUGCAGCGCAGCAUCCCCUCCAUCCUGACCUUCAACAUGUUCGGCGUGCCGCUGGUGGGCGCGGACAUCUGCGGCUUCAACGGCAACACGACAGUGGAGCUGUGCCAGCGCUGGCAGCAGCUGGGCGCCUUCUACCCCUUCGCGCGCAACCACAACAGCCUGGGCCAGACGGACCAGGACCCGGCGGCCUUCCCGCCGGACGUGGUGCGCUCCAGUCGCGAGGCCCUGCAGAUCCGCUACCGCCUCCUCCCCUACUACUACAGCCUCUUCUUCCGCGCGGCCCUCAACGGCGCCACCGUCGUCCGGCCGCUCUUCCUGCAGUUCCCCACCGACCCGGCCACCUUCCCCGUCGACUGGCAGUUCAUGGUGGGCGGGGGGCUCCUGGUGUCGCCGGUGCUCGCCCAGGGCGCCACCGAGGUCCUGGCCUACUUCCCGGCCGGGCGCUGGUUCGACUUCUACACCGGGGAGGCGCUGAACAGCGCCGGGGAGUCGGUGCGGCUGGAGGCGCCCCUCGACAAGAUCCAGCUGCACGUCUGGGGCGGCGCCAUCCUCCCGACGCAGUCGCCGUUAUCCACCACCGCCGCCACCCGCACCCAGCCCUUCCAUUUAUUAGUGGGGCUCAACGCCAACGGCAGCGCCCUGGGCGAGCUGUACUGGGACGACGGGGCGCGGGGCGACGCCCUGGAGGCGGGGGCCUACUCCCUGGUGCAGUUCCAGCUGAAGCAGGACGUCCUGCAGUCCAAGGUGCUGCGCGCCGGCUUCGCGCCCCUCCCGCUGCUGGACGGGCUGACCGUCUUCGGGAUGCGGGGCCGGCCGCGCGCCCUCCGCGUGCACGACGAGGCGCUGGACUUCCUGUUCGACGAGCGGCACGGGGUGUUGCUGGUCAAGGGACUGGAGAUGGAUCUGCUGACGGGGUUCAUGAUGCGCUUCGUCUUCUGAGCAUCACACUCACAGUUCACUCACCGUCAGCUGACCGGCAGCGGAAGCUGGCCAGAUGCCCCUUCUUGCCUUCUGUCUUGUACGAUAGAUUCACAAUGAUAAUUGAUACGGUUCUGUUCUCAAAGGAUUCUUUUCUGUAUUUUCAUUGUAACGCGGUUACGUUAUAUAUGGACGCUGGAGUUAAGAAGUAAAAAAGUGCAAAUUUCUG